AUGACUCAUUCUUCAAAAAGUGAAGAAGGUAAUUCAGAAAAUAGUACACUUUUUGGUUCUAAUGUUGAAGCGUCAACUUCCAAUGAGCAUCCUUCCAAAUCUCCAAGGAUUGAUCCCGAAAAACAUCCUUCUAGACCUGGCUCACCUUUCAAGGGUGUCCUUUUAGAGGUCAUGAUGAAACCCCACAAUCAAAAAACCGAGGGAAAUUUCCUUGAGAUGAUUAGAAUUUUGGCAUCUUAUAAUGAUAAGGUUGCACAAGUUGUUUGGGAAAAUGCUCCUAAAUCUGCUAAGUACACCUCACCUACAAUUCACAAGGAGAUUCUACAUGUAUUGCAAAGAGAGCAACUGGCUCUUGUUGACAAUGAUGGCUUUAUACAAGAACGCUUCUUUGAUCUUUCUCAUGUUAAAGACACUGCUGCAUUGACCCUGAAGAACGAAAUAUAUGCUAUUCUUUCUUGUCACUGUCUUGACAUUCAAAAUAUUCAUGGACAAGGAUAUGAUGGUGCUAGAAACAUGUGUGGUAAAUGGAAAGGAUUGCAAGCCUUAGUUCUUAAUUAUUGUCCUUAUGCAUAUUAUGUGCUUUGCUUUUCUCAUCGGUUACAAUUAGCAUUAGUUGCUGCAUCAAGAAAGGUAAUCCCUAUCCAUGAAUCCUUCUUAAAUUUAAAUUUCACUAUCACUAUUGUUGGUUCUUCAUGUAAACAUAAUGUUGAACUAAGAGCUGCUCAAGCUGCAGAAAUUGCUAGAAUGUUAGCUAUUGAUGAACUUGAAAUAGGAACAAGAGCAAACCAAAUUGGGACUCUAAAACGGGCUAGUGAUUCUCAUUGGGGGUUUCAUUUUAAUUCCAUUUGUAGCCUAAUGAGGAUGUUUGGUCCAACUUGUUUGGUGCUUGAAAAUAUAAAGGGAGACAGGUCCACCUACUUGCAACGUGGAAAUGCAAAUGUAGCUAAUAAAAUGAUUAAUUCAUUUGAGUUUAUAUUUAGUUUACAUCUAGUGAAGGAAAUCAUGGGUAUUAUUGAUGAUCUUUGUCAAGAUUUGCAGCAGAAAUCUCAAGACAUCUCAAAUGCCUAA